AAAACUGUUUUGUACCAACCUCUGAGAUCAUUGCUGUCGAAGAAACUGAACUUAACAAGAAACAGCGUAAUAUUGGCAAAUGGCAAAAGAUGGCAAAGCCACAUGCUUUCACAGUGUAUUACGUGAAGAAAGCCCGAAAUCACCGCUGGCGGUGCAGUGAUGUGACGUUUUGGUGUGUUGAUGAGCACUUGUGUAAUGAGUGGAUACAGGCGCUGAAAGAAUUACUUGAAAUGCAGAAGUCUAGACCAAAGCAGUUGCUUGUGUAUAUUAAUCCAUAUGGAGGAAAACGACAAGGGAAGAGGAUUUAUGAACAGAAAGUUGCUCCACUCUUCAGUCUGGCUUCUAUUUCCACUGAUGUUGUUAUAACUGAACAUGCUAACCAUGCUAAGGACAAUUUAUUUGAAGUUAAUAUUAAUAAAUAUGAUGGUGUUGUUUGUGUUGGUGGGGACGGCAUGUUCAGUGAAGUGAUGCAUGGUCUCAUUGGAAGAAUGCAGAAGGACUCUGGCAUAGACCAAAAUAAUCCCAAAGCACCAUUAGUCCA